AUGGGCAGCGACAAUGAUACUAUCACAAGACGACGGCAUAAUAAUGUUGCCACAAAUAAUUCUACAUACGUAGCGAGUGGAGGUGCUUGGAAUAGUCCAGUGCGAAAUCCAAAGGGGAAAAAGAAAAAAAAGAGGCGGAAUUCAGAUGAUGACAUUCCAUUCGUGCAGUUAUUUGCACAGGUUGGCAUUACAUUGCUGGCAGUUUCAAUUGCGCUUUGGUUAGCGUAUCAAGCGUUUUCCUCCUUUCGUCCACCGGCAAAAGAUUCUGGAAGUCUGCAGUUUGAAUUGGACGAUGACGAUGAUUUUUCCAAUCCAGAGACGCCUGAGGAACCCAAGAGUCUGACGGACGCAUUGAAGAGUUUGAUUUCCGAUUCCGAACAAGAAAAACAAACAGAAGAACCAACAUAUCCUCCUCUUCCAACUUUCAUGCUGUCAGAAUCAUCUAAAUGGGAUCCUUAUGGUCUUGCCGAGACAUUUUCUGGAUCAGAAGAUGCAUUCUGGAAGGCAUCCAAAGGUUUACGACAACUAUUUGCAGAUACCUAUGGGGGAGAGAAUCCAGCACGCAUGUUGUUGGACAAAGGAAUGACUACCUUUUUCGAGUCUAUAGAUGGAAAAGUACCAGAAGAUAUCGCCCACACGGCAUGCCGAUUUCAACGCGCUCAAAAUGAAGAUCGACCACUGCGUUUGGCCUUUGCUGGAUACUCUGUGACUGCCGGUCGAGGCAAUUACUUUCAUCAAUCCUUUCCAUUCCAAUUACAACGUACCUUAGAAAAGGUUGUGCGAUUGGCAGGAGUCGAGCAAGGAUUAGAAGUCCGAAAUGCGGCUAUUGGAGGUGCACCUGCCUUUCCCUAUGCCUUUUGCUUUGAAAACUUUCUAGGCCCAAAUCCAGAUGUAAUAUCCUGGGAUUAUAGCAUGAACGAAGCAGGAGGGGUGCCAGAAGGAUUAGAGGCGUAUGUGAGACAUAUGAUUGCCACCUAUACAAAAGACAACAUGUCAGUACCAAAGCUCAUUGUCAAGGACACCCACAUGGCCCCAAUGCGACGUCGUGUCUUGCACGAGUAUGCCAACUUGGUACCAGAUUCGGUUGUCCUGCACACCGAUCCAGCCACCAAACCGUUUCUAGAGCGAUACGAAGAAUACCGACCCAUUGGCUUUCAAGAUUGGCGCAAGUUUGGAGCCCCUCAUGGAGCACCCGGCCAAGCAGCCCAUCAUCCAGCCCUCAAGGAACACGAACUGUUGGGAUGGAUCUUGGCGAUGCAUUUCUUGACGGCAUUGGAGUACAAAAUGAUGGCUGGAUCAAAUCUAUCCUGCCUAACGGAAAAGACUCUUCCGAAACUACCACCUCCAGUGUCUGACAAACUCACCAACACCACCAACCCAAUCUAUGAUCCUGUCUUGUUUGGUCACAAAGUGUCAGCCGACGAAUGGAAAAUCAAUCCUAUCCAGUGUGGAACCACCUUUCAACCCAUUCUGAAAGGUGACCUCAGUGAAUUGGUAGUCAAUGGAUCCAUUGCCGAAGACUUGGACGCCUUAUUGCCGAAAUCCCAAUAUUACUACAACCAAGGCUGGGUACUGGACAUGAGUGAAGGCAUCAAGGCAGCCAUGCGCAAACUGAGUACCUACGAAGAUAAUUUGGGAUUCAUUGAUUCGAAAGAGGCCUACUAUGGUCUCUUUGAAUCACCACAUUUGAAUCUAUUGCUUCCCUACAGUGGUCGUGGCAAAGGAGAAGGAGAUGGAGAAGAAAAAGGCAAUCUUCAACCUGGCCAAGAAGCAAACAAUUGGUUUGAAAGUAUAAUCUUGUGCCAAGUCAAUGAACAACGGGAGGACAACGAAUGCGACUUUGGAAGGGAUGUAGGAGUCUCGAUUGGAGGGGUCAAUGUCACUGAUAUUUCACCUUACAUGAUGGAAAUGGGAGGGACUACCUACUUGGGCAAGAAGGUUUGUAGUCACAUUCCUAUUCCAAACGGUGCAGUCUUAACGAGUCACAAUACGUUGGCGGGCAAGGCUGAUUUGGAGUUGGAUCAAAUGGGGUUGCUAGUAGAAGUCUUUGUAACCAACAAGCACAUUGUUCAUGCAAAGCAGGCAUGUUCCAUAUCACAUGUCGUGUGGGAAGAAAAGCUAAUAUAG